CGUGGCUGGCUGGCCCCGUUGGAGCCGCAGCAGCCGGUUGGCCUUGCCUUCCCCGCAAUGCGUGUCCAGGUUCCGUCGCUAAUGCCCCACAGCUCCGUCAGAGAAGCUGGGCAUCGAGAACCUGCAUCGAUACGUGCGAAGCGGUGCCGAAGUGCAACGCCCUUGCAGAUGGCAUCCAUGGCAUUCCGCACCACGGUCCUACCGGCCGAAUCUGGUUCUACGUGGCCGAGGUCAGGUCGCAUCCCCGCGGCUUUUCUCCGGCCCCGACGCGUGGGGAGGGAAGGGAAUCGCGUCUCCGUGAAAGAGCUGGCCGCCUUAUUUAUCAGGCCUGGGCCCGCUGGGUUCCCAGUCUAAUAUAGGUUGUCCUUCAGUGCACUUCGUCGCAUCCCACGAUAACCAAAGUACCAGCAUCCAAAUAGAUAUCCGAAUAUGCCUGUCUUCACCGAGGAGUCGUCGCCAGAGAUGCUGCAGCGUGCGGCCGGACUCAAGAAACCGCCGCUACCCCGUGUCUCGUCGCCAGCACCUGUGAAUGUAGACCGGACGGCGGACGGCGCGAAGCAUGAGGUGGUGAUCAUCGGUACCGGACCGGCGGGAAUCAUGCUCUCACUGAUGCUAGCCCGAUAUGGCGUCUCCUGCCUGCCCGUCGAGAAGGUCACCUCGAUGAUCAUUCCCGGGCAAGCCGACGGUCUCCAGCCGCGCACACUCGAAGUCCUGCGCACGCUCGGCCUUUCGGAGGAGGUCUUCUCUCAGGGCUUCCCGAACCACCGCAUGGCGUUCUGGAACCCCGGUGGUCCCGGCGAACCCCGUAUCGUCCGAACUGCGGUCACCGACGAUGUCACCGUUCCUACACGGUACCCGCACAAGGUCUUGCUCGCUGCCGGCAGAGUCGUCAACAUCCUCGAAAGACAGAUGAACAAGUACGGCAACGAGGUGGAGAGAGGGACCGAGUUCUUGAAGUAUGAGUUUGUUGGCGGAGAAUUUCCCGUCAGGGUGUUCUUGCGGGAUGUGGUGACUGGGCGGGAGUACUCGGUGUUUACCAAGUACCUCGUGGGAGCGGAUGGAGCACACUCGAAAGUCCGCGAGCAGAUGGGCGUAAAGCUGCAAGGAGAGAGUACCGAUUACAUCUGGGGUGUUGUCGAUGCCGUAUUAAAAACCGACUUCCCGGACAUUCGGAAGCGCUGCGCCAUUCACUCGGAUGCCGCAUCCAUCAUGGCUAUCCCAAGAGAAAUGAUCGAAGACCAGCAGUACAUGACCCGCCUCUACACGCAGCUCGAAGACGUCGUCGACGCCACAUCGACCGUCGCAAACGCUGCGAGUGAGCAAGAGGCGAAGGCCCGGGCAAGAGAGCGGCGGCAACGUGUGACACUCCCGCGGAUCUUGGAUCAGGUGAAGAAAACAAUGGCGCCGUACGAUGUUGAGGUUGUCAAGGUGGAUUGGUGGGCCGCAUACCAGAUCGGCCAGCGUGUAGCAACUAAAUUUGCUGUGCAAGACAGCGAAGGCGCUGAUCGAGUGUUCAUCAUGGGAGAUGCUUGCCAUACCCACAGCCCUAAAGCUGGCCAGGGAAUGAACGUCAGCAUGAUGGACGCAUUCAACCUUGGUUGGAAGCUUGCUUUCGAGCUGUUGGGCCUCGCUCCUAAGGGCUCACUUCUGCCCACCUACGAGUUCGAACGAAGAGAUAUCGCAGAGCAGCUGAUUGCUUUUGACAAUGCAUUCGCUUCCAAGUUCUCCCAGAAGAUGGGAGACGACGGUCUUUCGCACGAGGACUUCUUCAAGGUCUUCCACACCGGCUGUGGAUUCACCAGUGGAUGCGGCAUCGAGUAUGAGCAGAGCAGCCUUGUCGAAAAGACCCUCGUAAAGGCCCUGGACAACAGCCUCAACCCGGACUUUGGCCUCCUCCGGUCGGGCCGAAGACUGAUUAACAUCCCGGUGCGGCGCUUCUCAGACGACGCACCGUGCGAGUUCCACGACGUCCUCCCGGCGUCCGGGCACUACGUCGUUCUCGUGCUGCUUCCCAAGUUGUUCAAAGACCCGCGCGUGCAGCAGCAGCUCACCUACCUCACGAGCACGCUCCCGCAGAAGUUUGCGCGCGGCAUCCUCGAGCCGUUCAUCAUCCACCCGCUGCGCUCCAACGACGACGUGGAGUGGAACAUGUUCCCCAAGGCGCUGAAAGAAGACUGGGAGUGGAACCUUCUCGGCGACGUCAGCGGACAGGGAUACGAGACGUUCGGCGUCGACAGGGACGCCGGUGUCGUCGCGGUUCUCCGUCCCGACGGCGUGCUCGGCGGCGUGUGGGAUAUUGACGAGUUGGCGCCCAAGCGCAGGGUCGAGAGCUAUCUCGCGGCCAAUCUGUCCGCCCGUGGUACGAAGUCGCUGUUGUAAACGGGAGGGGAGUGCGUCGUCUGGUUGUUUUUGUAGAUUUUUUCUGCUGCAUGGGUUGGGGCUAUCGUUUUUGCUGUUUUUAUACAUACCAAGUACUUUUACAUA